CUCCCCCCCCCCUGUGAAUUGAAUAGGAAAAUGUGCUGUUAGAUAGAGAGAUCGGUGGUCGAUGUCGUCGUCGCAGAGCCUGGGCGGCGCCACCAGGUGCGGGCGCGUGAUAGGGCCAUCGCUGGACAAGAUCAUCAAGAACGCGGCCUGGCGCAAGCACACCUUCCUCGUCUCCGCCUGCAAAUCCGUCCUCGACAAGCUCGAAUCUCUCUCCGACUCUCCCGAUCCCUCCUCCCCUCUCUCCGGUCUCUCCUCCUCCGACGCAGAUUCCGUCCUCCAGCCUCUCCUCGUCUCCCUCGACACCUCCUACCCCAAGGUUCUCGAGCCUGCUCUCGACUGCUCCUUCAAGCUCUUCUCUCUCUCCCUCCUCCGCGGUGAGAUCCAUUCCUCGAAUCCUGAUUCCCUUCUCUUCAAGCUCAUCCACUCCGUCUGCAAGGUCUGCUCCAUUGGCGAUGAGUCCAUCGAGCUCUCCGUUCUUCGCGUCCUCCUCGCCGCCGUCAGAUCCUCCUCCGUCCUCAUCCGCGGCGACUGUUUGCUCAAUCUCGUCCGGACUUGCUACAAUGUCUACCUCGGCGGCUUCAGCGGCACCAACCAGAUCUGCGCUAAAUCUGUUCUCGCUCAAAUCAUGCUCAUCGUCUUCGCCAGAUCCGAAGCGAAUUCUCUGGAUGUUUCUGUCAAGACGGUUUCCGUCAACGACUUGCUCGCCAUCACGGACAAGAACGUCAACGAAGGCAACUCCGUCCAUAUUUGCCAAGGUUUCAUCAACGACGUCAUGUCCGCCGGCGAAGCAGCUCCUCCUCCUCCCGAUUUCAGGCUCGUCUUGCAUGAUAGUGCUCCUGAACCACCGGAUGAUGAAGAUCCCUCUGCUAUGCCUGUAGAAUCCCGCAGUGGGACAAGCCCUGAGGAUGGUGCCACAAGUAAGAUUCGGGAAGAUGGAUUCCUUCUCUUCAAAAAUCUCUGUAAGUUGUCUAUGAAGUUCUCUUCUCAAGAGAAUACUGAUGAUCAGAUUCUCGUGAGAGGUAAGACUUUGUCUCUGGAACUCCUCAAAGUCAUCAUCGAUAAUGGUGGCCCUAUAUGGCGCUCUGACGAACGGUUUCUGAAUGCUAUCAAGCAGUAUCUUUGCUUAUCGCUGCUAAAGAACAGUGCUUUGUCUGUUAUGUCUAUUUUCCAACUUCAAUGUGCUAUCUUCGCCAGCUUAUUGACAAAAUUCAGAUCGGGUUUGAAAUCAGAAAUUGGCAUAUUCUUCCCAAUGCUUAUCCUCCGGGUCCUUGAAAAUGUUCUUCAGCCAAGUUUCUUGCAGAAAAUGACUGUCCUUAACGUACUCAACAAUAUCUCUACAGAUCCACAGCUAAUCGUUGAUAUAUUUGUGAACUUCGACUGUGAUGUGGAGUCGCCAAACAUCUUUGAAAGGAUUGUCAACGGUCUUCUAAAGACCGCUCUAGGGCCACCACCUGGUUCAUCAACGACCUUGUCCCCUGUCCAGGAUAUCACUUUUCGGCAUGAAUCUGUGAAGUGCUUGGUUAGCAUUGUCAAGGUAAUGGGAACAUGGAUGGACCAACAAUUGAGCAUGGGAGAAUCACUUCUGCCUAAGAGUGCUGAAAAUGAAGCAUCAGCAGACAGCCAUUCAAAUGCAAAUGGAGAUGAAGGAGCUACAGUGGAUCAUGACUUUCACCCAGACUUGAUGUCAGAGUCAUCAGAUGCAUCAACCCUCGAGCAAAGAAGGGCAUACAAGAUUGAACUUCAGAAAGGCAUCUCUCUAUUCAAUAGAAAGCCUGCGAAGGGUAUUGAGUUUCUAAUAAGCUCUAAAAAAGUCGGCAGCUCCCCGGGGGAGAUAGCAUUCUUCCUGAGAAAUACAGCAGGCUUGAAUGCAACCAUGAUUGGUGAUUAUUUGGGUGAAAGAGAGGAGCUUCCAAUGAAAGUUAUGCAUGCCUAUGUGGACUCAUUUGAUUUCAAGGGCAUGGGUUUUGGUGAAGCAAUUAGGUUUUUCCUAAGGGGCUUCAGGCUUCCCGGGGAAGCACAGAAAAUCGACCGCAUAAUGGAAAAGUUUGCUGAACGCUUUUGCAAAUGCGAUCCAAAUUCAUUUAGCAGUGCUGAUACAGCAUAUGUUCUUGCCUACUCUGUGAUAAUGCUGAACACUGAUGCCCACAAUAGUAUGGUAAAAGAGAAGAUGACCAAAGCUGAUUUUAUCAGAAAUAACCGAGGAAUUGACGACGGCAAGGAUCUGCCUGUAGAAUAUCUGGGUGUCCUUUAUGAUCACAUUGUCAAAAACGAAAUUAAGAUGAGCUCUGAUUCUAUUGCUCCUCAAAGCAGGCAAGCCAAUAGCCUGAAUAAACUACUAGGUCUGGAUGGUAUACUCAAUCUGGUUUCUUGGAAACAGACAGAAGAAAAAGCAGUAGGUGCUAAUGGUCUUCUUAUAAAGCAUAUCCAGGAACAGUUCACGUCCAAGUCAGGAAAAUCAGAGUCAGCUUACCAUGCUGUGACUGAUGUUGCGAUAUUGCGUUUUAUGGUUGAAGCUUCCUGGGGACCAAUGUUAGCUGCAUUUAGCGUCACACUUGAUCAGAGUGAUGACAGGCUUGCCACUGCUGAAUGCCUUCGGGGCUUCCGCUAUGCUGUGCAUGUUACUGCAGUCAUGGGUAUGCAAACCCAACGAGAUGCAUUUGUCACUUCUAUGGCCAAGUUUACAAAUCUCCACUGUGCAGCAGAUAUGAAGCAAAAGAAUGUGGAUGCUGUAAAAGCUAUUAUCGCUAUUGCCAUUGAAGAUGGUAAUCACUUACAAGAUGCUUGGGAGCAUAUUCUGACUUGCCUUUCAAGAAUCGAGCAUCUCCAAUUAUUGGGCGAGGGUGCUCCGAGUGAUGCAACUUAUUUAGCCACAUCCAAUGCUGAAUCGGAGGAGAAGAAGGCUUUGGGUUUUCCAAACUUAAAGAAAAAAGGUGCCCUCCAGAAUCCAGUUGUGAUGGCUGUUGUCCGAGGGGGUUCGUACGACAGCAGUACAAUUGGACCAAAUGCGCUGGCACUUGUGACUCAGGAACAAAUCACUAACUUUAUUGCAAACUUGAAUUUACUUGACCAGAUUGGAAGCUUUCAGUUGAACCAUGUCUAUGCUCAUAGCCAGAGGUUGAACAGUGAAGCUAUAGUAGCAUUCGUGAAAGCAUUAUGCAAAGUCUCAAUGUCAGAAUUGCAGUCUCCUACAGAUCCUCGAGUAUUUAGCCUCACAAAAUUAGUUGAGAUUGCUCACUACAAUAUGAACCGCAUCAGGCUAGUCUGGUCAAGGAUGUGGAGUAUCCUGUCAGAUUUUUUUGUAUCAGUUGGCUUGUCAGAGAAUCUGUCAGUUGCAAUAUUCGUCAUGGACUCACUGCGACAACUUUCUAUGAAGUUUUUAGAGCGUGAGGAGCUGGCAAAUUAUAACUUCCAGAAUGAAUUCCUCCGCCCAUUUGUCAUUGUUAUACAGAAAAGCAGUUCUGCAGAAAUUAGGGAAUUAAUAGUUCGGUGCAUUUCUCAAAUGGUACUUAGCCGUGUCAGUAAUGUGAAAUCAGGGUGGAAAAGUGUUUUCAAGGUUUUCACUACUGCUGCAGCUGAUGAGAGGAAGAAUAUCGUUCUGUUGGCCUUUGAGACUAUGGAAAAAAUCGUUCGAGAAUAUUUUUCUUAUAUCACUGAGACAGAGACAACAACUUUUACCCACUGUGUUAAAUGCCUUAUAACUUUCACAAAUAGCAGGUUUACCAGCGAUGUUAGCUUAAAUGCAAUAGCAUUUCUACGGUUUUGUGCUCUAAAACUUGCAGACGGGGGACUUAUUUGGAAUGAGAAAAGCAGGUUGAGUGGUUCCAGCACUCCUGUGACAGACGACAGUAUCAAGAGUUUUACAGAUGCAGAUGAGAACAUAUCGUAUUGGGUUCCGUUACUCACAGGAUUAUCUAAAGUAACAUCUGAUCCAAGAUCGACAAUUCGAAAGAGUUCCUUGGAAGUUCUCUUUGACAUUCUAAAGGAUCAUGGUCAUCUUUUCUCUCGCACGUUCUGGAUUGGUGUUUUCAGUUCCGUUAUUUAUCCAAUAUUUAAUAGUACAUGGGGCAAGAACGACAUGCUUUCUAAAGAUGAACACGAUUCGCUCUCAGCUUUAUCUCCCCAUUCUGAAGGAGUUCCAUGGGAUGCUGAGACUUCGGCUCUGGCAGCACAAUCUCUAGUGGACAUAUUCGUCAGAUUUUUUAACGUGAUAAGGUCUCAGCUGUCAAGUGUGGUAUCAUUACUUGCAGGAUUUAUAAGAAAUCCAGUCCAAGGUCCUACAGUAGCUGGUGUUGCAGCAUUGCUGCGGUUGGCAGAUGAAUUGGGUGGCAGUUUCUCGGAAGAUGAGUGGAGGGAGAUUUUUAUGGCUCUGAAAGAAGCUGCUUCAUUGACAUUGUCGAGUUUCAUGAAGAUACUGAGAACCAUAGAUGACAUUCCAGACGAGGAUGUGUUGUCUGAUCAGGACAUUAGCAAUGACGAUGACCUGGACGAGGAUGACCUUCAAACUAUGUCUUAUGUUGUUUCGAGAACAAAGGGUCACAUUGCCGUCCAGUUGCAAGUUGUUCAGGUUGUGACUGAUCUCUACAGAAUCCAUCAGGAAUCAUUGACGGCAUCUCACAUAAGAGUGCUACUCGAAAUACUGUCAUCAAGUGCAUCACAUGCAGGGGAGCUGAACUCUGAUAUCGUACUGCAGAAGAAAGUGAGGAGGGCAUGCUCUAUCCUUGAGCUCUCUGAACCGCCCAUGCUUCAUUUUGAAAAUGACUCGUACCAGAACUACCUGGACGUUCUUCGGGAUUUGCUGACAUGCAAUCCACAGUUGUCCGAUGAGCUGAAUGUAGAAUCCCAACUCGUGGAAGUGUGCAUGAAAAUACUAGAAAUCUACCUGAGGUGCACAAUGUCUCUGGCCAUAGAGUGUGAAAAAACGAAGCGAACCACAAACUGCAUUCUACCGAUGGGGGCAGCAUCAAAAGAAGAAGCGGCGGCCAGAUCGCCCUUAGUCGUGUCGGCCUUGAAGGUAAUGAGCGGACUGAAAAGGGAAAGCUUGAAGAGGCAGGCAGCGAGUUUGUUCCCGUUGCUGGUGGAUCUGGUGAGGAGUGAGCAUAGCUCGGGACAAGUUCCGGAAGUUCUACGCACCAUGUUCCGUGUGUGUAUAGGUCCGAUAAUUGGUGAAUAGAGAAUUGAAUAGGAUGGUUAUCGUCCAUUUUGACCUCUGGUGAGCCCUUGGAAGAAGAGAACUAUGUUUGUUUAUUCUGUUCUUUUGAACAAGUGAGACGGUGAGGCUCUUUCUGGGUUUUACUGUUGUUUGUGGUCUUGGAAUGUACUUGCGCAUUGGUCAUACUGCUAAUACAAAACCGAUACGAGAUAGUGAAAUAGUGAUGAUGAUUGUAUUAUU